CAGCUCCAGCAGCGCUGCCUGACUCCUGUUUACAUUUUUUUUAUUCUCCUGCUUUAUCCACCUUCAGCAGCAGCAGCAGCUGACAGGCAGCGGGGCGAACAGGAAACUGCAGCCGUAAAUGAGCAUCACGGGGCGGCGUCAGACACAGAGAGCUGCCGGUCACGGUUCGCGGUGACGGAGCUCUUCCUCCUUCUGUCCGUCUGGAGAUUUGACUUUGAAGAAACGCUGCUGUGAUCAUCUGACAGUUUCAGGUUCGCAGACAUGAGUGGAAGAGUGGGAGACCUGAGUCCUAAACAGGCUGAAGCUCUGGAGCAGUUUCGCGCGAGGAUCCAAGAUAUUCUUCCUCAGCUUCCUGCGCAGCACGACCACUUUCUGUUAAGAUGGCUCAGAGCCAGAAACUUCAACGUCCAGAAGUCCGAGGCCAUGCUGCGAAAGCACGUGGAGUUCAGGAAACAUAUGAAAGUAGAUACAAUCAUCACUGAAUGGCAUGCACCAGAGGUGAUAGAGAAAUAUCUGUCAGGAGGGAUGUGUGGUUACGACCGUGAAGGGAGUCCCAUCUGGUACGACGUCAUCGGACCUGUGGAUCCCAAAGGCCUCUUCCUGUCUGCUUCUAAACAAGACUUCAUCAAGUCCAAGAUCAGAGACUGUGAGAUGCUGCGGAAGGAAUGUAACCUCCAGUCGGAGAGACUGGGGAGGAAUGUGGAGUCAAUCACUAUGAUCUACGAUGUCGAAGGUCUCGGUCUCAAACACUUAUGGAAGCCUGCUAUAGAAACAUAUGGAGAGAUCCUCCAGAUGUUUGAAGACAACUACCCAGAAGGCCUGAAGAGACUGUUUGUUAUUAAAGCUCCAAAACUCUUUCCAGUGGCCUACAACCUCAUCAAACACUUUCUGAGCGAGAACACGCGACAAAAGAUCUACAUUCUAGGAGCGAACUGGCAGGAGGUUUUACUGAAGUACAUCGAUGCAGAGGAGCUGCCGGCGUAUUACGGGGGUAAACUGACGGAUCCUGAUGGAGAUCCUCGCUGUCGGACCAGGAUAAACCAUGUUGGACCAGUUCCCCCCUCCUACUAUGUGCGGGACCAUGUUAAGGUAGACUAUGAACAGUGUAUGAUCGUCAGUCGAGGGUCUUCCCAGCAGCUGGACUAUGAGAUCUUGUUUCCAGGCUGCGUCCUCAGGUGGCAGUUUGCCAGUGAGGGUGCAGACAUCGGUUUCGGGGUUUUUCUAAAGGCCAAAAAGGGCGAAUGGAAGAAGGCGGCCCAGAUGGAGGAAGUGGUUCCCAGCCAGAGAUACAACACUCACCUGGUCCCAGAGGACGGAUCUCUGACCUGCGAACGUCCAGGAGUCUACGUGCUGAGGUUUGACAACACCUACAGCAUCUUUCAGGCCAAACGGAUCAGCUUCACCGUGGAGGUUCUGCUUCCGGACCGGCUACAGUCUCCGCAGAGCAACGGGAAGCCGAGCGGAAACGUUCCGGAAGAGGAAAACAGCAGCCAGACACAGUGAAGAUGAUCAUUUAAAUCUUCCAUGUGGUCCGAUCAGAAGCACAGCCUGACGUACUUGAUUUAAACAGGAUCAUUUAGCAGUAUUAUAUCUGAAUGUUGGAAAACUUCACACAUUCUCCACUAGAAAAACGUCUAUGAAACACACUGGAUCUCAAAUGUGGAAGAACAGAGCUUCACAUUUUGUUUUACUUUGUGAUUUUCUGCAGAAAAACAUUCAACAUGUUUCCAAAAUAGCCCCGAGUCUCUCAGGUUGGUUCAUAUUAUUAGACAGAAUGACGCAUAAAACAGGUGAUGCCAAUAAAACACAGCAUUAGAAUGAAAUUAUUUUUUGCAAAAAAACAUUUCAACUCCCUCACAUUGUCUAACUUGCAAAAAUACAUUUUUAUCUAUAUGAAUUAAUGAAAUUUAUUGUCAUUAUCUGUCAUUAGCUCAAAUCUGGUAAUUAAAAUUGACUUUCAGCAGCUAAUAAAACGUGGAGACACAUUAAAUAAAGCAUAAAACAACCACAAUGUAGCAGCAGAUGUAAGUGGUACCUGUUUGUGUUUUUUUAACAGUCCAGAAGUGUUUUUUUUAACAGUUUCUGCUCACCGUUCUAUGAGAAAAAGCUACUUAUUUUAACAUAUUUAUGCAGCAUUCACCCAAAACUGUUAGAUUUUGCAUCAAAAUAUUGUGAAUAAAUCAAAGUUAGACAGUGUGUUGGAGCAAAAUAUGCUCAUUUUCUGUAGAUAAACAGCAGAAACAUUUGCACACGGUUCUCUUAAUGACAAACAACAAUAUGUGCUUUAGAAUUAGUUUAGUUGGUAACAGAAUGCUAAAAUGUACAUUAUCUGCCAUGUAAAAGCAAAUUAGUUGCCUUGUUUAUACAGCAAAUAAUGUUUUUUCUUGUUACUAACUUAAAGUGUGUUCCCAUCAAGCAUCUUUUUCUUCCUGUUAUAACAGAAACGUUCAUAUUUAAAUGAUAAUUACAUGGAGGGGCUCAUUGAAUCCCCUUUUCAGCUCAGAAAUGUUCAUUUUUAUUCCUAUUUUGUGCCUCAGGUGGUUUCAACAACAAACUUUCACAUUUGCAGGGUCUUUAAAUAUUUAUUUCCUAAUUUAUUUACAGCAAAUAUUGGGUUGGAACUCUAUAUAACUAUUUAUAUCAUACAAAGAUGUCAAGAGCUUUUCAAUAAUAAUUUGUUUUAGGUAAGAAGCGUUUACAUUUCUGAGUAUUAAACACUUUUCACAUCGAGUCAGUGAAGGAAACUUGUUUUUGAAAAUCUCACCAGACAAGAACUGAAUGUAGAUUGUGGACAACAAUAGAAGGUUUUUCAUUCUAUAUUCUGAUUUAUGUCAAUUUUAAAAGGAGCCCCAAUGACUUAAAUAGUCCUGAGGAAGAAAUUAUUUUACAUAUUGACUAUAAAAACUGUACUGAUGAGAAUCCCACAUAAUGAAGGUUGGACCAACGUAUACUGUAAAGAAAUAAAAGUUAAUUUUGAACAAAA